AUGGCGCCCUCAACGAAACUCACGCUGGACAAGCUUGCCACAUUCGACGAUAUAAUCACCGACGCGCUCGUGGAUAAACUGUACUUCUGGGCUAAGAUUCGCAAGAACAGAGGUGGUCGAUUCACGGGAUCGAGAGGGCUGCAUGAGGAAGAUGUUGCCGACAUCAUCCGGCAACACGUUGUAUGGGAGAAAGACCCGGCCGAGGCUGUGCAAAGGUUAUUACAACUACCAGGCCUACGCAGAUUCGUGAAUACUCUCAAGGAUGAGCGAGACCAGGACCAGUUCAAGCGCCACCUCCGGAGAUAUGUCAAUAUCUACAUGUCAGAUUGCCAAUUCGAGGUCACCACCACCAACCGUUACAUGAUUACCGAGCACGAGGCUUCCAUUACCGCGCGACGAGACAUCAAUCCACGCGAGGAGAUCAAGUAUCUGACUGGCGUACAAGUGGCUAUGACAGAGGAGCAAGAAAAGGUUUUGGAGUUGGCGCGCAAGGACUUCAGUCUAGUCAUUUCGAGCAGGAAGAAGACGCGCUCGCUGUUCUUGGGCCCUGCGCGCUUCGCCAACCACGAUUGCGACGCGAACGCAAAACUCACAACCAAGGGCUACGAUGGCAUGCAGAUCGUUGCAGUGAAACCGAUUCUUGAAGGAGAGGAGAUUACAGUUUCCUAUGGUGAAGAUUACUUUGGUGACGACAACGAAGAGUGCUUGUGUAAUACUUGCGAAAGUCUCCAGCAAAAUGGCUGGGCACCCAUGAAGCGAGUCGAGCCCAACGACGACGACAACGAUAACGAGAUGCAGAACGCAGAUGAAGGGCAUACAAACGAAAUCGCCUCCGAAGCUGCCUCUUCUUCCAUGAAGAGGCCGCGAGAUGACUCAAUAGACGAAGAUCCUUCGCGCGACUCGACGCCCACCCCGAAACGUGCGAAACUUGAAGAAAAGACUUCACCAAACAAGCAGCACACAUCUAAUUUACUGCGAAAAACGACACUCAAAAAGGCGCAUAGCACGUCAUCCCUGCGCCAGGAACUCCCAGUAUCGAGCAUCGAAGACCCGGCGGCCAACUUAGACAAAUCGCCAGAAAUACCGCGCGAGAACCGCAACCAACAAUGCGAAGGUCUCCUUACGGUGAACACGGAUUUGAUCAGUUCAUCACGGGAACCGUCUCCGCAAUCAUCUACAGCAGCGGCCUCGCCCAAGUCAACACACUCAUCUACAGAUGCUACAUCAAUCGACGAGGAUCACGCACAUGAGGUCAGCGAUGAUAAAGAGAAGGUCGACCCUCAGACGAUACAAGAUCGCCCAGCGCUUGGAGUGGCCAUAGUGAAGGAGGAAAUCACUACGACAACGGUAAACGCCCCGUGGCCCUCCCCGCCUGCAGACGAAGACGCAUACAUGUCCGAUCUCAGCGAACUUUCUGAGAGCUUCGAACUUGACGACGUGAACCAGCAGAUUGUCAAGCGCAAACCUCGAGCCACUCUCCGUACGACACGUUCCAAGUCACGAUUUGACGUUCAGAACCGCGUCGGCACACCGAUCACGGUUGAAGAGGGAGAUGAGGCAGAGUAUGUCGAGAAUACGCGUAAGCCAGGCGACUACAUGACCUCGAACGCUCUUCUCUCGGCGAAGUACUCUAAAUGGGUCAACUGUCAGACAUGCGACACCGACUUCGUACAGCAAGAUGGCUACAACACGCGUAAAGAGUGCCCCCGGUGCGAACGCCAUUCGAAGCUCUACGGCUUUCCCUGGCCCAAGACUGAAAAAGAAGGCAAGCAUGACAAGGAAGAACGUAUUCGUGAUCACCGCACCGUGCAUCGUUUCGUCAAUCCAGAUGAAGAGCGCCAGUUGAAACGCGACAAGACGAAGAAGGUCAUCCGAGAGCAUAUCCGUGAGCGGUUUUCUACACCGAGGAGCGCGAGGGAUACUAUGAGUUCGAGUAUAGAGAUUGGUAGUGGGAGAAAGAGGAGGCGUGUGAGGAAGACCAUGUAG